AUGGACUUAUCGGAUGUGUUCGCCCCUGUAACGGCCACGAUGCCGGCCACUUUGCCUCCAAACUCUUCCCUGGAGAACGUCAGCCAGGCGUCCCCUUCCUCGUCCAGAUCUCCUGCUCUACCUCCUCACUCGCAGGUGGCGUCGGUGCUCAUCGUGCUGGUGGUCUCCAUCAUCAUCCUGGGCACCGUGGUGGGCAAUGUCCUGGUGGUGGUGGCGGUGUUCACCAGCCGAGCACUCAGGGCGCCGCAGAACCUCUUCCUGGUGUCGCUGGCUUCGGCGGACAUACUGGUGGCGACGCUGGUCAUCCCCUUCUCUCUGGCCAAUGAGGUCAUGGGCUACUGGUACUUUGGAACCACCUGGUGCUCCUUCUACCUGGCUCUGGACGUCCUGUUUUGCACUUCCUCCAUCGUCCACCUCUGUGCCAUCAGCCUCGACCGCUACUGGUCCGUCACUAAAGCCGUCAGCUACAACCGCAAACGGACGCCGAAGAGGAUUAAAGCGAUGAUCAGCAUCGUGUGGCUCAUAUCUAUUGUCAUCUCGUCCCCGCCGCUCCUCAUGACCCAGAAGGAGAAGGACGUGGAUAUGGAGGAUGAGAGCGACGCUCCCAUGCAGGAGUGUCUCCUCAACAACCAGACGUGGUACAUCCUCUCCUCCUGCCUCGUGUCCUUCUUCGCACCAGGAGUCAUCAUGAUACUGGUUUACUGUAAGAUCUACCGCGUUGCCAAGCAGCGGGCCUCCACCGUGUUCGUGGCGAAGAACGUGAUGGAGCGGCAGCCGUCGCAGUCCGAGACCUGCUUCGCGGCCGCUGCCAGGACUUGCCAGUUAAAGGGAUCCCAGUACGAGCUGGACAGCCCGCGGCCCGCGAACCGACACAGCUCCUCCAACGUGGACAGCAACAGCAGCGGCCACCGGAGAGGAGAGCUGGAUGAUAUUGACUUAGAGGAGAAGAGCUGCGAGGCCGACACAAAAACGUCCUCCUCGUUUUCCUCGUCUCUGCGCUUCCCCAGGAGGGCCGGCGUCAGAGUGAAAACAGAGGAGGCGAAGGAGGCCGAGGGAUCAGCGAACAGGCUGAAACCACCUCCUCCUCCGUCCUGCGCCUCCAUAUCCUGGGCCUCCUCCGACCACUGCUCCCACCAUUAUCUCCUCCCGUCUCCGGUGCCGCUCCGAAGCCGGCAAAUGUCUCUGUCCAAAAACAAAGUGGCACAAAUGCGGGAGAAGCGCUUCACAUUUGUUCUGGCGGUGGUGAUGGGCGUUUUUGUGCUCUGCUGGUUCCCAUUUUUCUUCACUUACAGCCUCCAAGCUGUCUGCAGGGAGAACUGUGUCAUCCCCGACACGCUCUUCAACCUCUUCUUCUGGAUUGGAUACUGCAACAGCUGCCUGAACCCCAUCAUAUACACGAUUUUUAACCGAGACUUCAGGAGGGCCUUCAAGAAGAUUUUAUUUCAGACUCAUAAACGAACUUAAGAUGAGAAUGUACAACCCUGCUACCCAAAAAUUACAUUCCUAUACAACUAAACUGCAUUCUUAGUUACAUUUUUGAAGGAAACA